CAAAGAUAUAUCUAGCCUUACUGCCUUAGAACCCAAUUCUUGUCAAUGGGAAGCCAAAUGAAGAAGCAAUGGCUUCAAUUUGCUUGUGUUUUGACAUUUUUCUUGAUUGCCACAUGCACUAUGGCAUAUUCACCUUACAAUUCUUAUGAAUCAUCAGACUCAACAUAUAGUAAAGUACCAACCACAGUAGUCAAAAGUGAAGACUUCAAGGUACCCUCAGAGUCGGAAAAGGAAUAUAAGUCGUCAUUUUUGCCAAAAAAUAAUUACUACAAGAAGCCAUCAAUUUCAGAGGAUAACAAUAAGAAAGUAUCAUUUGUUCCCGAACAUGAAUCAUUCUUGCCAAAGAAUGACUACUACAAGAAGCCAUUAUUUUCGGAAGAUAACUACAAGAAGGAGUCAUAUGUUCCAGAGGUACCCUCGAAGGCUAAACCAGAAUAUAAAGAGUCAUUUUUGCCAAAAUUUGACUACUUUAAGAAGCCAUCAUUUUCCGAAGACAACUACAAGAAGACUUCAUAUGUUCCAGAGGUACCCUCGAUGGCUAAACCAGAAUAUAAGGAGUCAUUUUUUCCAAAAUUUGACUACUUCAAGAAGCCAUUAGCUCCAGAAGAUAAAUACAAGAAGGCGCCGUAUGUUCCAGAGGUAUCCACAGAGCCUAAACCGGAAUACAAGGUACCAUCUUUGCCAAAGAAUGACUAUUAUAAGAAGCCAACAAUUCCAGAAGAUAACUAUAAAAAGGUGUCAUAUGUUCCAAAGGUGCCCUCAGUGCCUAAAGAAGAAUAUAAGGCACCUACUUUGUCAAAGAAUGAUUACUACAAUAAGCCAUCAGUUCCAGAAGAAAACUACAAAAAGGUACCACUUGUUCCAAAGGUGUCCUCAGUGCCUAAAGAAGAAUACAAGGUGCCUUCUUUGUCAAAAAAUGACUACUACAAGAAGCCAUCGGUUUCUGAAGAUAACUACAAAAAGGUUUUAUAUGUUCCAAAGGUGCCCUCCGUGCCUAAAGAAGAAUACAAGGCGCCUUCUUUGUCAAAGAAUGACUACUACAAGAAGUCAUCGCCUUAUCCAUCACCACCACCACCUCCAUAUUAUUAAAUUUCUUUUCAUGUUCAACAUGGAUGUUUAAUUAAAGUCCUUCUCCAGCUCAACAUAUAUAACUCAUGGAAUUCUCAUAUUAUGAGUUAGAAGGCAUGAUAUCAAAAUUUGUAUUUAUUUAUUUA